CUGGGGCAGUUAGUCGUAGAGUGGGAAUGUGAAGUCUGGUUUAUAGUUUCGGAACUGGAAUUAUUUCGUUAUUUUCACAUAAAUCGUGUUUAGAUUCAGUGGAGCUCCACGGAAAACGCAUAUACUGUGUGUUAAACCGUGAUCUGUAGUCGUCGUUUUGCACUAAAGGUGUUUUUAUCAACAAAAUCGGGAUCAUGCUGCAUGCAAUCUGGCAAUGAAUCAUGCAGGUGGAAAUUGAAUUACCUCGUUUUUAUACAUAAAUUUACUUCUGGUCUCGCGCUUAAUAAAAUACUGCGGCUUGCAGACAGGUUGUUUUUUUAAUCUUUAUUUGUAGAAGUCCUCGCCGUGGUACUCCAUUUGAUUAAACCUUCUUUUCAAAUAACUCGCCGUCAUUGUUUUUAUUUUUUUGUUUACCAUGAACACCGAUGAUGACGUCAAGCAGAAGGACCCGAGUCGAGCAGUGGUGAUCGCCAUCUCCCACGACGCUGUUUUUGACCUGAAAGAAGAGCAGGAGCCCAAAGCUCCUGCCGCAGCCAGCGGAGUGUUGAAUCCGGGCCCAGGCUUUCCAUUUGUCAAGGCAGUUCAGCGGGUAAAUGAGAAGCUGGUGGAGAAGAAUCCCAAUGAAACGCUUCUGUUCGAUGUGAUUCUCUUAUCCAGUAAGGACCGCCCAAAAAGCCAGUCUGAAGUAGCGAACAGCAUAAAGCACUACGGUCUCGAGAUCACCAGGCUUUGCUUUUGCAACAAUGAGAAUUUCACCAGUGUCUUGAGGUCAAACAAGGUCAAACUCUUCCUGUCAACAAACACAGAUUAUAUCACCAAGGCCCAGGAUACAGGGGUGCCAGCUGCGCUGCUGUACGGUCAAAGAGGCACCGCGACUCUGGAUCAGCUGAGAGUGCUGUUCAUAGGGGACAGUCUGGGCUUUUCCGAGGACACGACGGACAGGCCGAAAGACGAGGACACCGGUGAGGACCAACUGCAGAGCGUCCAGCUCACCCAGAGUUCCUUGGAGGACCUUGUGGCGCUCAUCGGAGAGAUGAGGAGGAAAUUCGGACGGGAAAACAGUCCACUGUGCGCCUGCUUGAUGACGGUGUGCAGUCCCAGGAACGUCUGCGUCCGAGCUCUGAAGCGCCUCCGCGCCUGGGGCCUGGAGGUGGAUGAGGCCUUCUGCCUGGCCGGAGCUCCUCAGAGCCGCCUCCUGGCCCACAUACAGCCUCACAUCCUCUAUGACCACGGACUGCAAUACACGCUGGAUGUUCCGGCGCUUUCCUGAUCACGCAGCGAACAACCGGGGUCACAAUUCCUCAUGAUUUCAUCGCUGACCGUCCACAUUGGUCAUCAGUGUUUAUUUUCCCAGCUUCUGCACAUUUAUAAAAAGUGGUGUCAAAGCAUGACGUUAGAAUCGGGAGUGAAACCAGAGUUAAACUAAAGCGAUAGUUAUUGACACGUGAUUUUUUUCGGGUGUUGAAAUCCCACAGGUUUCACCAUCGCUGGAAGACAGUAGCUGCUGACUUGUUCACGCAGAGUCAUUUGACAUCUCACAGCGGCCAUGUUUGGUCAAAGCUCGCGCGUGACUUCCACUUAGCAUUUUUUUUUUUUUUUCUUAUGUGACUAAUGCUGAAAAUCUGACUUGUUUCUAAAAUGACCCCAAGAAAGGAAACACACGGUCGUAAUUUGCUCAGAUGUCACCACAAGUUGCAUUGCAGCUUCAGGACGCGUGUUUUCCAUUUGUGUCUACUAUGUUUGCGUUUUGCUGGCAUGACAAGAGUGACGAGGUGGUGUAAAUGUCACCUUGCUGAGGUGGUUUUGCUGCACAGCGCUUUGUUUCAGAAAGGUGCCAGAAACAGUUUCUGCUGCAAAGCUCAGCAGUUUGUUACGAGUUGUUAGUGUGUCACCGGGUGCAGGGUGAUGUUUCAUAUCUAUGCAGGGGAACAAGUUACACUAACAACACAUUAACACACAGAGUGAGGUUUCUUUUUUUUUUUUUUUUUUUAAAGAAAUGAAUACAAAUACUGGAUCUUCUUCCCAUAUUUGCAGGGGUUUUCUUUGGGUGCACUGGUUUCCUCCCACACUGAACGGGUUACUCUAGAUUGUGCAUGGUGUGUGUGGUUGCACUGUGAAGUGGGAAAAACAAACACAGUAUGACUACACAUGAUUUUGUAUAACUUCAGUAUACAAAGGAAUGUCAGCCGCAGGCUUUGUGCUUCGUUUAUAAAUACAGUAUAAGGGAAAUAUUGUUACAUAUUUUGGCAUUUUGUGUUAAGAUUUGCCAUAUAUGAAAAGCUGAGAAUAAACUGUGAUUGUCUCA